AUAGAGAGAUAUAAAGGGUUUUGUCUUUUGUUUUUUGCAAUUCAAUUCCAUUCUCUUAUUGUUUUUCUUGUUUUUUUCUUUCUCUCUGACUCUCUCAUUCUAUCAUCAAGAAAAUCUCUUCCGUUCUUCCAAAUUAUAACCGACUCUUUUUUUUUUUUCUCUCUCUUUCCUUCUUUCUCAUGACUCUUUUGGACGAUGGUGGUGAAAAAAUGAUUUGCAAAGGAAUAAAAGGAAGGUGGUUUCGCCAUUAAUGGUGAAUUCAAAAGCUCUUCAAGUAGAAGAAAAGAAGAAGAGGAAGAAGAAGAAGCUUAGCUAGCUUGGUUGGAGUUUUUGUUUUUGUGGCUAACAGUAAAGGCAACAUGAACCACUCCAUCCAACUACACCACCACCAAGAUAAUAAUCAACAUCAUCAAAAUCAGCCGCAACAACAACAACAACAGCAUCAAAUACAAGAGCAUAAUCAACAUCAUCAAAAUCAGAUUCCUUAUGCAAUGAUGCAAUCAUUAUCAUCGUCAUCUUCCAUCCCUGGAAACUUCAUAAGCAAAGAUACUGGAGCAUAUGAUUUGGGUGAAUUAGAUCAAGCCCUUUUUCUCUAUCUUGAUGGACAAGAACCGUCCAGUAUUCAAGACCAAAGACAUAACUCUGGAAUGAGACCUCCGACUCUGAAUAUUUUCCCUUCACAGCCUAUGCACGUUGAGCCACCAUCAUCAACAAAGACAAGUACAGGAUUAGUUUCUCCAGCAACUAGCGGUUCAAAGAGACCAUCAGAGCCGUUCAUGGAGUUGGCCAACGCCAGGAAUGAUGCUUCAGCUUCUGCACCAGAUCAGCCAGCUAAAUCUGUCAAGCGUGAAGGGAGCCGUAAAGGGCAAACAUCAAGUUCAGAGCAGGAAGGACCCAAAACACCAGACCCUAAGACAUUGAGAAGACUUGCUCAGAAUAGAGAGGCAGCAAGGAAAAGCAGGCUUAGAAAAAAGGCUUAUGUUCAGCAAUUAGAGUCAAGUAGGAUUAGGCUUACCCAACUGGAACAAGAACUUCAAAGAGCUAGAGCUCACGGCAUGUUUUUUGGUGGUGGUAAUAUCCUGGUAGGAGAGCAAGGCCUUCCUGUUGGUACUAACAACAUAAGCUCAGAUGCUGCUGUGUUUGACAUGGAGUAUGCAAGAUGGCUAGAAGAGCAUCAUCGACUCAUCUGCGAGCUCCGAGCAGCCGUUCAAGAGCACCUACCGGAGAACGAGCUUCGGAUCUUCGUCGACAACUGUUUAGCACACUUCGACGAGGUGAUGAACCUAAAAGGCAUGGUAGCCAAAACGGAUGUCUUUCAUCUUGUGUCUGGCAUGUGGAAGACUCCAGCCGAACGAUGCUUCAUGUGGAUGGGUGGAUUUCGGCCUUCUGAGCUCAUCAAGGUUAUACUGAAUCAGAUUGAGCCAUUGACGGAGCAGCAGAUAAUGGGCAUAUGUGCAUUGCAGCAAUCGACGCUUGAUGCUGAAGAAGCUCUAUCACAAGGCUUGGAAGCUCUGAAUCAGUCGCUUUCUGAUAUUAUAACUUCUGAUUCACUGAGCUGCCCUCCUAAUAUGACUAACUACAUGGGCCAAAUGGCUAUCGCCAUGAACAAGCUCUCCACCCUUGAAAGUUUUGUUAGACAGGACCCGGCCCCAUGAAUGGUACGAUGAUGCGACAAUUCAUCAUCACCAACAUGGGGUCAAAUAUGGGUGUGAGAAAAGAAUCUUGUUGGGAAUUAAACCUAACCACAAAAUCAACGUUUUCCAUGAAACUACCCCACCCAUGUCUUCUCGUGCUCACGAGGUAGCUUGGAGGUUACAUAAUUCCAUUAACAUAGUUAUUAUCUACAAGGCAUAUAUAUAUAUAUCUGCCAUUCCAUAAAAUGCUUGUAGGUUUCAUGCAUUUCUUUAAAGUGACAUUUGUAUGCAGUAGACAUUUAGGUUUCUGGUUUAAUUAAAAUGUAGCCCAUGCCUGCAAUAGUGUAGCUAGUAUCUGAUCUGUCUAUAGGAUUCAAAACUUAAAACACUUAUAGAAGAAAGCUCUAUUUUGUUCUAGGAGUUAUUAAUUGUACUAAGUGGACAUUAACAUUGAAACAAUGGGCAGAUCUCUCUGUCAAAUGAUUAUCUGUGCCUAAUUAAAGCAUGCAAGGCAGUUUGUCGUUGUGUCGAUUUCGCAAUUGUUAAGACCUAAUCACUAGGAAACUAAUGAAGUUGUCACCUGAUGUAAAUAGUUAAUAUGAAAGCAUGGUAGCGACCAAUUGACCUUAAGAAUAUUUGCAUUUUCACAUGCUAAUGGGACCCCUUAAAUAAUGCAUAUAUAUAUAUAUAUAUAAUAUUUACGGACGUCCAAAGAGAUCCCUCAUCCCCAUAUGUUCGUGAUGUCAUGGUCGUAACCGUUUGACUUAAAUACUUAAGACCAUCUCCUAUUACUUCCUUUUUCUGACCAUUCUUUAACUAAGGCCAAGUCCACCCCCCCCCCCCCCCGCGC